CACAAUUAAUUGGUUAAUAAAUACCCCUAAGAGUAACAUUAGAACCACAACAACAAACAACAACAAAAACCAACCACGAGAGAGUAGUAGUACAUAGACUAUAAGUGCCCACAAUGAAAGUGAGUUGCAAUGGAUGUCGCGUACUUCGCAAAGGCUGUGGUGAAAAUUGUAUCAUCAAGCCUUGUCUUGAGUGGAUCAGUUCCCCUGAGUCCCAAGCCAAUGCCACUGUCUUCCUUGCCAAGUUCUACGGCCGCACUGGCUUGCUCAACCUCCUCGCCGCUGCUACUCGACAAAAUGCCCCAGUUGUGUUCAGAUCCUUAUUGUACGAGGCUUCGGGCAGAAUGGUGAAUCCCACUUUUGGGGCACUAGGUUUAUUCUGGCAAGGAGAGUGGAGCCGAUGUGAAGCUGCAGUUGAAGCUGUGCUAUCUGGCUCAAGAAUUAAUGACGUGGCAACCGUUGAUUUGAAUACCUCAAGUACACUCGUUGGUGAUCAUGUUCUUCAAACAUAUGAUAUACGACACGUGGCUAGAGGUUCCAACAUUGGAAUUAAAGGAAAAACUCAAUUCAAGAGAGUCGGAGAAGUUUUCAAACCCAAACCGCGUCUAGGUUCGGUCAGCUCAACUGCAUUGUUGACAUCAGGUUGGGAUACGGCAUGUACCGAACCUGGGGAGGCUUCUUCGGUAAUUCAGACUGAGCCCAAGGAAAUCGUUGAAACACAAGUGAAUUUGGAACUCACUCUUGGCUUUCAUUGCCAAUAAAUCAAUACAAAACAAAUACUUCCUUCCGAA